AUGCGUUACUCUUUCACCAUCGCGGCUCUGAGUCUCCUCUCUUCAGCCUUUGCCAUCACUGUCACCACUCCGUCCUCGGGCACGGUCUGGGAUUUCUCCAGUGCCAAAACAAUCAAGUUCACUAGCACCGAUAGUGAUCCUUCGGUGAUCAGCAUUAUCCUUCGAACCCAGGAUGGGGACUUCCAGACCAAAUUAGCCGAUAACGUCAAGACCUCUGACGGCGAAUACACCACCCAGCCAAAUCCUAGCAUUUCAAACGGGGAUGACUACGAGAUCCAGAUAAUCGAUUCUUCUGGCCAGCUCGCAGUCAGUGACAUUUUCACUGUCGAGAAGGGCGCUUCCGUCGACGGUACCACAUCCUCUUCUUCUUCCUCCUCUUCUUCUACCUCUUCUUCUUCCACGUCUUCUUCCACCACCACCACUACAGCUACUAGUACAACAUCUUCCAUCUCCACUUCGUUCGCGACAUCCAGCGCAACCACAUCCCCAGGCUCCACCACCACUUCCACCUCCUCUUCUACAUCUUCCACGGCCACUUCUUCUACUUCUUCUGACAGUUCAUCUACCAGUGAAUCUGCCUCGCCUUUAAGCUCAUCUGGUGCUGUGGCGUCUCACUUGAGCGCUUCCAGCGGGGCCAUGGCUCUUCUCGGUGCUGCUUUCGCAGUGUUCUACGUCUAG